AUGGCUGCUCUCACAGAGGAGCAAAAACGCGAGAUUGGGCAGCACUUCGUCUUCGGAUUUCAUGGCUACGAAGUCAGCCAAGAUAUCAAAACACUCAUCAAGGAUUAUCACCUUGGUAAUGUGAUCUUGUUCAAGCGGAACGUACAAAGCAUCGCCCAAGUUCAUCGCCUGGUUCACGAGUUACAGGCGUUAGCUAAGAAUGCGGGCCACGCUCGCCCUCUCAUGAUCGGCAUCGAUCAAGAGAAUGGUCUGGUCUCUGCGUUCAGUGCAAUAGCCAGCGGAGAGGCAGGAACGCAAUUUCCUGGGGCUAUGGCCUUAGCCGCUACUGGCUCUGUCGAGCUUGCGUCGGAGGUGUCUGCGGCGACAGCUAAAGAGCUGCGCGCCGCAGGUAUCAAUUGGGCAUACAGCCCGGUUGGCGACGUCAACUCUGACCCCAGGAACCCCGUCAUCGGCGUUCGUUCGUUUGGGGAUGACGCUAGUAACGUCGCCCUCUACGUACAAGCAGUGAGCGCCGCUCUCACGUCGGGGAGGGUCGCUCCUUCUGCAAAGCACUUCCCAGGCCACGGGAACACCCACGUCGACUCCCAUCUCAGUCUGCCCAGCAUCCUCGUUGACAAGUCCGCGCUGAAAGCCACCGAACUCGUGCCGUUUGAGGCCGUCGUGCGCGAUGGCAUCGCUAGCAUCAUGACAGGACACAUGGCCCUGCCGCUUGUGACCGGAGACGAUAUGCCCUGCUCACUGUCCCGAGCGAUCACCACCAACCUCCUGCGCGACGAGCUGGGCUACAAGGGCGUCGUGGUCACGGACUGUCUCGAGAUGGAGGCCGUCGCGGAGAAGUACGGGUCUGAAGGGGGCGCGGUGCUCAGCUUGCAGGCGGGUGCGGACAUCGUUAUGAUCUGCCACACCUUCCGCCGCCACGUCGGCGCGAUUGAAGCCACCUACACCGCGGUGGGGGACGGGCGCCUUUCCAUGGACGCGCUGGAGGCCAGCGGUGCGCGCAUCGCGGCGAUGAAGGACAGGUUCGCCGGAAGCUGGGACGAUGUCUUCACACCUUUCGACGCGGAUAUCGCGGCCCAGUUGAAGCAGGAUCAUCGCCUGCUCAGCGCGCGCGCGUACGCUACCUCCCUCUCGCACAUCCCGAACACGCAGCCCUUCACUCCACUUUCCAAGGCCGGACCCACCGUACUGUUCACGCCACGUAUGGAGAACAUCAAUCCCGCAGUAGAUGAUCCGGAAGGACAACUUCGCGACGCCGCAGGGCGCCUGCGGAACACCGCUGGCCCGUCCUUCCUCGCGUUGGCCGCCUCUAUCGCGAAACGCGCGCCUGCGGUCGAGCAUGUCGUCUAUGCACCGGACGAAGAGAUAUCCGGGACGCUCAAGGAGAGCCUCCGGGGCGCGUCCUCGGUCGUCUUCGCCACGCGGAAUGGGUUCGAAAAGGGCGCUUGGCAAGUCGAGUACUUGCGGCGGGUCGCUGAGGUGGUGCAGAGCGACGGUGGUCUGUGGAAGAUCGUCGCGGUGUCGACGUGCGCUCCAUAUGACUUACUUGCGGCUGGGAGAUUGGACUUCCCUGGUAUUGCGACGUACGAGUUCACCAUCCCGGCGUUGGAGGCGGCCGCCGCGGCGAUUUAUGGUGAGAUGGAAAUUUCGGGCAGCAUUCCUGUCACUAUGGCUGUACCGGACAGUGUUUGA